AAAUAAUUCUAUUUAGUCUGAGCCCAAUCAGCCCAUUUAUCUACACACCAAUCAAACAAAAAGUAGAAUUUAAUUCCAAAGCAACAAGAGUUAAGAAUCCUCUAAAGAUUCAACAAGAUGAAGCAAGUUGACGGUCGUGAUGGAAAAGCCAUUCUUGCAAGAAUUAUUGCUGCUUCUUUCUUUGCUUUUAUCUCGGCCGCGGCUGCACACGAACACCGGAAAAGAAGUAAAGCCAAGAAGGAUAUAGCAACCAUCAUGCCACGCCUGUACAGGGCCGAAUCUGGUCGUGUUGGACAUCUUGAAAGAUUCUCUCACUAUGUUGCUAGGCAGGUGGGAUUUGUAGAUCCAAAUGAAUGCCCACAGCUCUGCAAAUUGGCCUAUGAUUAUCUAAGAAAAUCUAAAGACUGUGAGGCAAACAUAUAUGAAUUCUUUGCUAGUGAAGAUGAGGCUGAAUCUUUAUAUGUGAAGUUGAUAGAAGAAUUUGAAAGAUGCAUCCUUAGUUACUUUGCUUUUCACUGGACUCAAGUUUCUCAUAUGGUCAGCCAGGUGAUGCAUGAUGAAUCAGAGAAAAAGCCAAAGCUCAAAAACUUUGUAAUGGCGGCAACAAGGAAACAAAGAUUUGAAAGGGUGACCAAGGACUUAAAGGUGACAAGGGUCUUCUCCACCCUGGUUGAGGAGAUGAAAGCAAUCAGCAAAGCUGAACCACAAAGUUCUGAUUUAAUGGUGCCAAUGGACCUCAGCGAGAGGAGUCCUGUGCUGCUACUUAUGGGUGGUGGUAUGGGGGCAGGCAAGAGCACGGUCAUCAAGGAUAUCCUCAAAGAGUCAUUCUGGGCUGGAGCAGCACCUGUAGUAGUAGAGGCAGAUGCAUUCAAGGAAUCUGAUGUUAUUUAUAGAGCUCUAAGUGCAAUGGGUCAUCAUGAUGACAUGCUUCAAACAGCUGAGCUGGUGCAUCAAUCAUCAACCGAUGCUGCAUCAUCUCUAUUAGUAACUGCACUAAACGAGGGUCGAGAUGUGAUCAUGGAUGGUACUCUGUCAUGGGAGCCUUUUGUCGAGCAGACGAUUGCAAUGGCACGUAACGUGCACAAACAUCGGUAUCGAAUGGGAGCAGGAUACAAGGUAGCAGAGGACGGAACAAUUACUGAAAAUUACUGGGAGAAAGAAGAAGCUGAAAACCAACAACAGCUAGAGAACGGAGAAGUGAAACCAAGAAAACCAUACAGAAUAGAGUUGGUUGGAGUUGUUUGUGAUGCUUAUCUUGCUGUCAUCAGAGGCAUCAGGAGAGCUAUAAUGACUAGAAGGGCAGUGAGGGUCAGUUCACAACUAAAGUCCCACAAGAGAUUUGCAAGUGCAUUUACAAGUUAUUGCCAACUUGUCGACAAUGCCAGACUCUACUCCACCAACGCAGUGGGAGGACCACCUAAAUUGAUAGCAAGGAAAGAUGGAGACAACAACCUGCUAAUAGAUCCCGAAGAAAUUAAAUGCUUGACAAACGUAGGGAAUGUAAAUCCAGAUUCUGAAUCCAUAUACGAGCUUUAUAGCGAUCCAACCCCAAUCUUCGAAUCCGGCUCUAUUUGGAAAGAUGUCGUAUUUUCUCCUUCAAGGUCCAUCGUUCAAUCAGAGCUCAAAAUCUCCAUUCAAAUGAUUGAGAAUCCACCAUCCACCAACAGCACCAAACCUUGAACUCAAAUUGGUGUCUAUUGUAUUACUUUUAGCGUAUUUCUUGUAGAAAAGAAUAAUAAGAUUGAAUUUGUAUUCUAAAUUGUAUUUUACAAUGAGAAUGCUAAUGUCUAUUUAUAAACA